AUGAGAAGCAUAAAUGAGCUAAAGAAGGACCUAAUGAAGGUGCUAAUGAAGGUGCUAAUGAAGGAGCUAAUAAAGAAGCUGAUGAAGGAGCUAAUGAGGGGGCUAAUGAAGGAGCUAAUGAAGGUGCUAAUGAAGGAGGUAAAGAAGGAGCUAACGAAGGAGCUAAUGAGGGGGCUAAUGAAGGAGCUAAUGAAGGUGCUAAUGAAGGAGGUAAUGAAGGAGCUAAUGAAGAAGCUAAUGAAGGAGCUAAUGAAGGAGCUAAUGAAGGAGCUAAUGAAGGAGCUAAUGAAGGAGCUAAUGAAGGAGCUAAUGAAGGAGCUAAUGAAGGAGCUAAUGAAGGAGCUAAUGAAGGAGCUAAUGAAGGAGCUAAUGAAGGAGCUAAUGAAGGAGCUAAUGAAGGAGCUAAUGAAGGAGCUAAUGAAGGAGCUAAUGAAGGAGCUAAUGAAGGAGCUAAUGAAGGAGCUAAUGAAGGAGCUAAUGAAGGAGCUAAUAAAGGAGCUAAUGAAGGAGCUAACGAAGAAGCUAAUGAGGGGGCUAAUGAAGGAGCUAAUGAAGGUGCUAAUGAAGGAGAAUUUCCCGUUUGAUAUAAAUAUUUUUAAUAAGGAGGUAAUGAAGGUAAUGAAGGAGCUAAUGAAGGAGCUAAUGAAGGAGCUAAUGAAGGAGCUAAUGAAGGAGCUAAUUAAGGAGCUAAUGAAGGAGCUAAUGAAGGAGCUAAUUAAGGAGCUAAUGAAGGAGCUAAUGAAGGAGCUAAUGAAGGAGCUAAUAAAGGAGCUAAUGAAGGAGCUAAUAAAGAAGCUAAUGAAGGAGCUAAUAAAGGAGCCAAUGAAGGAGCUAAUGAAGGAGCUAAUGAAGGAGCUAAUGAAGGAGCUAAUGAAGGAGCUAAUGAAGGAGCUAAUGAAGGAGCUAAUGAAGGAGCUAAUGAAGGAGCUAAUGAAGGAGCCAAUGAAGGAUCUAAAGAAGGAUUUAAAAAAGGAUCUAAAGAAGGAUCUAAAAAGUAUCUAA